AUGAACUAUUUAGGAACACCAGCUAGUUUAAUCAGAGUGCUGAAAAUAACAAAGUUUGGAUUUGCAGAAGACUCUGAUGAAGAGAGCUUAAGUUUUGCCCUGAGGGAUACAUUGGACGGAACUUACAGACAAGAUGAAGAGGAUCCAGAUGGACAUGUUGAGGAUGGCAGUGGUCAGCUGUCAGAAGAGCCACCUGUUCCAAGUCUGGAAAUUGCCUCUGCUCGGAUUACCUCCUGGGAGGCUGGCUGGAAUGUGACCAAUGCCAUUCAGGGUAUUUUUGUUUUAGGUCUACCAUAUGCACUUCUGAACAGUGGAUACCUUGGCUUUUUUCUCAUCAUACUGGCUGCAAUGAUCUGCUGCUACACCGGCAACAUUCUCAUUGCCUGCCUUUAUGAGGAGGAUGAUGAAGGACGACCUGUCCGAGUGAGGAAUACCUAUGAAGAUAUUGCCAAUGCAUGCUGCAAACAUUCCUUCCCCAGGCUUGGCGGUAGAUUAGUCAAUAUGGCCCAAAUUGUGGAACUAAUGAUGACAUGCAUUUUGUACCUGGUUGUAAGUGGUAACCUCAUGUAUCACAGUUUUCCUUCCUUGCCUGUUUCUCAAGCCAGCUGGUCAGUCAUUGCUUUUUUCAUACUUCUGCCUUGCCUGCUGAUCAAAGAUCUCAGGAUUGUGUCUAAACUUAGUCUUCUGUGCUCUUUGGCCCAGUUUAUAAUCACCUUCAUAGUCAUUGGAUAUUGUCUGACACACAUAACGCUAAUGUCAUGGAGGAGAAUCACAUUUUAUGGGAACUAUGAAAAAUUUCUUGAAUCGGUAGGGGUCAUUAUAUUUAGUUACACAUCCCAAAUUUUCCUUCCUACCCUAGAAGGAAAGAUGGUACAUCAAGAAAAUUUUGUGAGCAUGAUGACCUGGACACAUCUCAUUGCCUGCAUCUUCAAAACAGCUUUUGCCGUUCUGGGAUUCCUGACCUGGGGUGAGGAAACAAAGGAAGUUAUUACUGACAACUUGCCGUCUGCUCUUCGGACUGUGGUUAAUGUGUGUCUUCUGGUAAAAGUGCUUUUAUCCUACCCUUUACCUUUCUAUGCCGCCACUGAAAUUUUGCAAACCUGUAUUUGUGCACUGGAUCUGGAACAUUCAAGAAAGCAAACCUACUCUCUGGUCAUGAGAGGCAGUCUUCUUUUGGUGACAUUCCUCGUGUCCCUGUACAUACCUCACUUUUCCCUGUUGAUGGGCUUAACAGGAAGCAUGACAGGGGCUGCCAUGUCCUUUCUUCUCCCUGCCCUUUUCCAUUUGAAACUAAAAUGGAGAAGCCUGGCUUGUAAGGAGAAGGUCCUUGACCUGUCCAUUGUUGUUCUGGGAACCUUAUGCAGUCUCUCGGGGUUGAUUUGUUCUGUUAUGGCACUCAUUGAAGCCUUCGGGAAAAGAUAA